AUGCAAUGUUAUCCACACAGGUCAGUAUCUGUAAUUGACACAACAGAAGGCAACGAAUUGCUAAUGUUAUUUAUAGACUUGAAGGUUGAAAACAUUCUCGUUAGUUUUGAAGAGCCAUCAGUGCUCGAAGACUUUGCACAAUUGCAAGCACAGAACCCUAUGCCCCGUAAAUCAAAUAAUGGGAAUACCGUCUACCUCUCACAUAAUGACUUCGGGCCAGUGAGAUCAUAUUAUAUCUUGCCCAAAAUAACGGAUUUUGGCCUGUCUCACCACCAAAAAGACCCAUCGUUGUUGAACAGACACCCAAUUCAGCCCGACCAGUACCGGGCUCCUGAAGUUAUUCUAGGUGCUGGUUGGACAUACAGCGCGGAUAUUUGGAACCUUGGGCUGCUGGUAGUUACCUCUUUUUUCUAUCAUCUAUCAGAGAAUACUUGA